AUGGUGGUCGCACGCAAGUGGAUUUACGUGAAGCCGUUCGAGGGGCUGCCGAAGGAUGAAAAUUUUAAGCUAGAAGAGGAAACGCUUCCCGAACCAGCCGACAAUGAAUUCGUUGUCGAGGCAGAGUUCCUGAGCGUCGAUCCGUAUAUGCGUCCGUAUAUGGCCAGCUAUCCGGCAGGUUCGCUGAUGAUUGGCGGACAGGUGGCGAAGGUAACGGCUAGCCGUAAUGCGAACUUCCCGGUCGGUUCGUACGUGUUCGGUAACUUUGGCUGGCGUACGCACACGCUGGUCAAUCCGGACAAGAUGCCCGUCGACAGCAAGCCAUACGUGUUGCCGUCGUUCGGUAAGCAUCCCCGGUCGCUCGGUGUGGGCGUACUCGGCAUGCCGGGCAAUACGGCGUACUUUGGAUUUCUGGAACUUUGCCGCCCGAAGGAGGGUGAAACGGUAGUGGUGAGUGGAGCGGCUGGUGCUGUCGGUAGUGUGGUGGGACAGAUAGCAAAGAUCAAGGGCUGCCGGGUGGUUGGAAUUGCCGGCACGGACGAUAAGUGUGAGUGGUUGCGGCAGCUUGGGUUCGAUGCAACGAUCAACUAUCGUACGGUGGGACAGGCGGGUAUUGGGGCCGCCCUGAAGGAAGCGGCACCGAAGGGCAUUGACUGCUACUUUGACAAUGUUGGUGGGUACAUCUCGGAAGCGGUACUGGGCCAGAUGAACCUGUACGGCCGGAUCUCGGUGUGUGGAACCAUCUCGAACUAUAACGAUGCCCGGGUGCAGGUAUCGGAUCCGCAGCGCGAGUUCGUGUUUAAGCAGCUCUGCCAGGAAGGGUUCAUCGUGACGCGCUGGACCAAGCGCUGGAUGGAGGGUAUCUUGCAGAAUCUCGCCUGGAUCGAGGAGGGCAAACUGAGCUACCAGGAAACGGUUACGGAAGGGUUCGAUAACAUGCCGAAAGCGUUCGUAAGCAUGCUCACCGGUGGCAACACGGGCAAGGCAGUGGUGAAGGUAUAG